CUAGCGGAGGUGACGUUGAUAUCCUUUAACUGCAGCUUUGUUUUGGCUGAAGCUGCUCUGAUUCUACACUGUUAGCUUCUUAAACCAUUAGUCUAUUGCGUUUCACACUAAUGGACUGCUGUCUUGAUUCUGCUCUGUGGUGUUUUAUACCACUUUAUUUACUUCUUCACUUCCUGUGUUUUAUUUUCGCGGAUGCAGACUUCACUCUGCUGUGGGCAGGUUUGUUAGGCCACAGGCCAGAGAAUAAACUGAGAGGGCUGGUGGUGUGGGUCACUGGAGCCUCCAGUGGUAUUGGAGAGGAGCUGGCCUACCAACUAGCGCGCUGUGGAUCACGUCUCAUUCUGUCGGCUCGACGUGAGGACGAGCUGAACAGGGUCAAACGUGGCUGUUUAGAGAGCUCAGACCUCCAGGAUGAAGAUAUCCGUGUUCUUCCACUUGAUUUGUUGGAGAGAACAUCGCAUGAGGGAAAAACAAAAGCAGCGAUUCAGUACUUUGGACACAUUGAUGUCCUAAUUAACAAUGGCGGCCGGAGCCAGCGCUCUCUAUGCAUGGAGACCAGUGUUGAUGUGUAUCAGGCCUUGAUGGAGCUCAACUACCUGGGUACGGUCUCCGUCACCAAGCAGGUGCUGCCUCACAUGACGCAGCGGGGCUCUGGGAGCAUCGUGACUGUCAGCAGCAUCGUCGGCCUCGCCGGGGCUCCCCUGUCAACAGGAUACUCCGCCAGCAAACAUGCACUUCAGGGUUUCUUUAAUUCCCUUCGGACUGAGCUGACUGACUAUCCAAACAUCCUCAUCAGCACAGUGUGUCCAGGGCCUGUGCAGUCAAACAUCGUCCACAACGCCUUCACAGAGGAGCUGAACAAGCCGAUGCCUGCAGCUGGUAACCAGGAGCACAAGAUGCCAACAAGUCGCUGUGUGCGUUUAAUGCUGGUGGGAAUUACCAAUGGUGUCAAGGAAAUGUGGAUCGCAAAGCAGCCCUUCCUCCUGUUUUACUACGUCUGGCAGUACACGCCCACACUCGCCUGGUUCAUGACAAACAUGAUGGGAAGAAAAAGGGUGCAGAAUUUUAAAGCUGGUCUGGAUGCAGACUCUGCAUACUUCACUAAGCCCAAGACCUCCUGAGAGUCACAUCCUCAAAAGGAAACACAUUUAUUGCAUUCCUGAUGAUCGACCUGGAAAUUGAUGUGGGUGUCUCUGCCUUUUCUUGAAGGAAAACAUUUACAUCUGCUUUGAAAGCUCAAAGCUCUCUUCAAAGAGCAUUCCACAGACAGUAUUAUUUCAAUAUGCUUUCAUCUCAAAAGUAAAGUCAAUCCUAUAUUUUUCUUUUUUUAUAUAUAAAACAAGCAUGUUCAGAUAAUGUGAAUGUGAAAACUAUGAAUUCCAUGUAAUAAAAAACUAAACCUUUUGAAUAAAAUUGAGUUUGGAUCCUU